AGCGUGGCGGUCAAGCGCUCUCACAAGAUCUCCGCUGUCCUCUCGUGGACCUGUUCGACCUGCAGGAGGCUGGGGCUGGUCUGCACAGUGAUCGCGCGCGUUCUGUCAAGCUACAUGUUUGUUGGCAUUUCAACUCGGACUCUGGCUUAUGAAGCGGCCCAGAACUACAUUCAGCCGCACUGGCACGGGCACAUCCCAGGCCACCGAUCAAUGUCACUGCACCAUCAGUUGCAAACCCCGCCUGUCUGAUUGACACUGCAUGAACGGGUACCUCCGGGCAGCAUAUGCGUUAGACUACAACGGCCUCCGCCUCCCGUCCGAGCCCAUCCUGGACCAUCAUGGCGUCGUACCUCCCCCUGCAGAGCCAGGAGCCGGAAACGCCAGACGUCGAUGAGACUGUCAAGCAAUCCCUGCUGCACUCUGGCUUCGUUGUCACGGAAGACGAUGCUGCUCGACCGGCGGCCUCCAAGGGACGAUCAUUGACCGAAUGGGUCACGCUCGUGCUCGCUAUGGUCAUGCUAACCACCUCCUUCGCGCUAUAUGUCGACUCGACUCAUGUCAUUGAACCUCGGAGCGCGAAGGGCCUGCGCAAACCUGACCCAUACCCUGGGUUGGCUGACGUGCCAGAGUUCCAGAAGAAGCGCAAAGGCCCGAUGAUGUAUUUCCCUGGCCCCAUGAUACGCACGAACAAGGCCACGCCGGACGAAGAGUACACCAGCAGUUCGCACAUUGUCUUGAGCGAGAACGACCACAUGUUUUACCAGUUCCGCAUCAAGCCAAAUAAAUUCAAGUGGUGCUACAUUGACGCGGUGGUGCCCACUCCCGAGCGAGGUGCGGAGGCGGGCAAGUUUUACACAGGUUCGGGAAACCUCCUGAACAUCCAAGUCUGGAACGUCUCGUACCCCCAGCAGCGGAUGGAUAGCCUCAGCUGGAACACGCGUCCAGAGCGUCUCGAGCUCCUCGGGAUAGUCGCAUGGAUGCCCGAGAAGGAGCGGAUGGAGAAGCUCGACUGGGAGGACGGCUGGCAGCUCAAGCCACAGACCCCGCGUUUUGAUUGCACAGAGAAGAAAUGGUUCACGUUCGAGGUGUCGUGCGACAACUGCACCCUUGAGUUCGAGCAGAUCUUCUCCGAUCCUGCUAUGGCAUUCGAUCUCCUCCAGAUCGCCUGAUCACGCAUAAACCAAGUAUAAAGUGACGGAACACGAUUCGUGAUAUAGGUUGUCAAG